GGCAGUUGAACUAUAAUAAUCGCCUUCCGUGCUAUUUUCUAACUACAUAUUUCACAGCGUGGAAAUUUUCCUCCAAUAUGUUUUUUAACUUGCCCACGCUGCGUUCCGCGAUGUUCUGGGUGUUCUUUAUUUUUGUAAUCCUAAUGGGUUGCGAGGCCAGAAGCCUGGUAGAUGGGCCAGAUAAUUCCGGAAGCAAAGAUAAGCCAUCAAAUAAUUCUACGGCUGACUAUCUCCGACUCUAUGCCAACCAGAUGAAAUCAUACAUGAACUUAAGUGUCGCGCCCUGUGAAGAUUUCUACGAGUAUGCGUGCGGAAAUUAUCGGGUCGCAAAACCGGAUAGAUACUCAUCAAAAGGCCGGUCUAACUAUGGCGAUGUAAUUUAUAUCCUGAGCGAAGUUGUAGAGGAAUUGGUGGGCAGGACGGAUCUGGCGGAGGCACUCAAUGUGUCCAGCGAACUGAAGGUGGCCCAACAAUUCUACAAUGCCUGCCUAGAAGCAGAGCUCUAUCCAUUUAACGCCGCUGAUCCCGCUCACCUAAGUCUUAUUCGGUCAAUUGGAGGUUUUCCCGCCGUCGAUGGAGCCGCCUGGAAUGCGUCCAACUUUAGCUGGGUCAACAUGAGCUCACAUUUGACCAACUACGGAGCAAAUGGGCUGAUCCGAGAGGAGAUCUUACCAGUUUAUCCGUUUCCGCCUAACAUUAAACUACCCGAGCUUGGAUUCGAUCACAUCGUCCAAGAGGCCAAUAUCGCCAGUAAUUCUUCCCGUGCCUACCGUCUGAACGAAGAGCGAAUGCGUGGAUACCUGAGGUCCUUUAAUUUAACAGAUGAUAAAAUUACUGAAGUUAUCGACGGGGUUUUUGCGUUCUGGCGGGAUGCCCUUAAAGUGCCUGGCGAGUGCGAUAUUUAUUCGUAUUAUCCAGCUGAAAGUGAAUUCAAUCAAUCGACGAAUUACUAUGAUAUAUCCUGGAACGGACUCCACGCCGAUGAAAAUUUGUUUUGUGACUUUUAUUACGUGGAACUAGACAAGGUGUGCAACCGGCAUCCUGAGGCUGUGGCCAACUAUCUGGCAAUGCAGAUGCUCUAUAAACUUGACCCCAAACUUAAGGCACCCAAAGAACAAAAGGACUAUUGCUCAAUAACUCUGCUGACUUCCAUGUCGGUCCUCUUCAACAAACUCUAUAUGGAGUAUCAUUUUACCGAGGAAAAAAGGUUGGAGGUCUUUGAAAUUGUACAAGAACUUCGGAAAAGCAUUCGAAAGUCGCUUGAAAACGCCGAGUGGCUGGACACGGCGACUAGAGAUGAGGCGCUGCUCAAGGAGUCCGCGAUUGAACCGCACAUUGGUUCCUUUAAAGAUAAUGCUCGUUUAGAUAGCAUAAUCCGGGAGAUCAACAGCCUUAAAAUCGACAAUGAUAGCUUCGCCUCAACCAACAUUAAUCUGAAGCGCCUUACUAUCGACCUUGAACGCUUCAGCAGUCGCCACUUUGAGGAACUGGGAAAUGAUACCAAGCCUCAGAUGAUGCUACAAGGUAUGAAAGUGAUGGCAGCUUACUACAUUUUAGACAAUUCCAUCAACGUGAUGGCCGGCAUCCUGGAACCUCCCAUGUUCCACCGCUCCUGGCCGCUCGCACUGAAAUUCGGAACUUUGGGAUUCACUGUGGGCCACGAACUUACUCACGGCUUCGACACAACCAGCGCAUUUUAUGAUGGCAACGGAAAACGUCGCUCCUGGUGGUCGGAAAAGUCCCGACAGAGAUUCGAGGAACGAGCCGAAUGCUAUAUGGACCAGUACAGUAAAUACCUGAUACCAGAGAUUAAUCGCCAUAUUAACGGUAAAACGACAAUGGACGAAAACAUCGCUGACAAUGGUGGCUUGGGGCAGGCUCUGGCGGCCUACCGCAGCCACAAAGAACAAAUGCUACAGGACUCUGGAGAGGAACAGAUUAGCGAGCAGAUGCCAGGACUUGACAUCACCCCGGAGCAGUUAUUCUUUCUCGGUUUCGCACAGAUAUUUUGUUCCGACAAUAAGGAGGAGCACUACUGGAAGGAUUUGACCGAUGAACACACUGUUGAUAAGUACCGGAUUUUGGGAACCCUAUCCAACAACGAAGACUUCUUUCAGGCCUAUAAUUGCUCCGUUGGCAGUGGAAUGCGAACUGAGGCCAAAACUUGCAGGCUUUGGUAGACUAGUUAAGUAGAACGUCGUUGAAGAUGAAAAAUAAAUUUUGCCAUCAAUAUAAAUUAUCUGUAAAUUGUAUUACAGAUAAGCAGCAAUUUUCUA